AUGGAGAGUGUUCCAGUGUUGAUUGUUGGUGCUGGGCCAGCAGGCCUUGCAACGGCACCAUGCCUUGGUCAAUUCUCGAUUCCUUAUGCCAUCGUCGAGCGCGAGAGCUGUAGCGCGUCACUCUGGCGCAACCGUGCAUAUGAUCGCCUCAAGCUGCAUCUUGCAAAGGAGUUCUGCAAGAGCUACUCUGGCAAGAAUGUAUUGGUCGUUGGAUCUGGCAACUCCGGGAUGGAAAUUGCUUAUGACCUUGCGACCCAUGGUGCCAAUACAUCGAUUGUUAUACGAAGCCCGAUUCAUGUAAUGACAAAGAAAUUAAUUCGUUUGGGGAUGACACUUGCUCACCAUCUUCCAUUGAAUCUAGUGGAUAAACUCCUUGUGAUGGCAGCGUAUUUAAUAUUUGGAGACCUGUCACGACAUGGCAUCACAAGGCCAAAAAUGGGUCCAAUGACCCUCAAAUCAGAAACAGGCCGAUCUGCAGUGAUUGAUGUUGGGACUGUUGGAUUGAUCAAAAAAGGCAUCAUCAAAGUUCAGGGGAGCAUUAGUAAGAUCAAGGGCAACAUAGUUAAAUUUCAAUGCUGUAAAAGAAUCUCAUUUGAUGCGAUUGUGUUUGCAACUGGAUACAAAAGCACGGCAAAUAUAUGGCUCAAGAAUGGUGAGAGCAUGUUAAAUGGCAACGGACUGCCCAUCCAAAAAUAUCCGAAUCAUCGGAAAGGUGAAAAUGGGCUCUACUGUGCUGGGUUAGCGAGGAGAGGAUUAGCCGGUAUUGCAGCAGAUGCCAAGAAUAUCGCUAAUGACAUCAAAUCUGUGAUAGACUCUAUGUCAAGUUAA